GUUGAUCAGUUGGAUUCGUGUAGCGGUACCUGCGGGAAGUGUUUCGUUUCGUUUCGGUUCGUUUCGAUCACCACACUAUUCCACGCGUUCGUACGGAGGUUCGCAUCGCGUGUGCGUGGUUGGCUGAUUUUUUUUUGGGGGUGACCUUUUUUUUGCGUGCUAGCCGCGUUGUCCAGUUGACAUCACGAACCGACCGACAGCAAGCUAUAACGGAGACAGGAUUCUUUGGGUGGUUAUCCGGUAUGUGUGUGUAUUUUCGUCUCGAGUAGAAGCACCGCUCGAUUAAAAACUUACUAGCCACAGUGCUGUUGGUAUUUCGUUGGCAGUGAUUGCGGUGGUAGUCGUGGUGGUGGUGAUGGAGCUGUUGUUGAAUAUCGCAGUAAAGGGAUUUUACAAUCGAAAGAAUGCCGACUGGAAUGGAAUCGCAGCCCCACGUUAAGCUGGAUUCGUGCCGAGAGUGCAGUGACAGUGGAUUAAUUUGAUUCUUAACGGCGCAGAAACUGACUAUCAAGCGAACAAUCCGUGAGAGAAUGCCAGUUGUGUUGCUGGAAAAGUUUGCAAUUUACGACAGGAAGUCUGCAGUCGCCGAGAAACUUCGAUGUAUCCAUAAGGGAGUAUAGUUUUCUGCAUAACUUUGACCGGCGGAGAGUUAUGAGAGAAAGAAAGAGCAUCCACGUUUUGAAGCAAUUAAUGCGCAAUGUAAACAACUUUCAUUGGUGUACUUGAUUUCGGAACAGAAUCGUAAUACUGCAAUGAUUCUGAUAAAGAUGCAGAGUAAUGAAAACUUUGAGCAAACCAAUACACGAACAACGAGUAGCAUAAUAACUGAAGAUAAAUAGUGAUUAAACGUGAGGGUACCAGGAAAAAAAAGUAAUUUUCUUCUGCUUUUUCGCGCUUGAACUUUUUCCGCCGGCAUCUCACUCAACUUCGAACUCAACCCGAAAGUCUGCCAGAUUCAGGUGAUUCAGAGCGUGUAAAUCAAAAGGUUAAAGAGUGCAUAGCCCCUUCGCACACAGCAACAGCAUCCAGUGCAGUGCGAGCGCGGCUUCAUUUGUAAGAAAAUAAGAUGAUGUAAAGUUUAAUUGAAACGAAGAAAUACUUCUCGUAUAGCAAUCGAAUGCACAGUGGGGAGCGUGUCGCGGCGAAACACAGAAAAGGACGAUCCACAGCGAGUGCAUAGUGGUGCGUAUAGCGAAUGAGUGCAACGCUACAAAAUCGGUGCCGGGUGGUUUGUUCAAUAUGCAAAGAGUGCCUACCGGGAAAACGACGAACAGCUGAAAAUAUGUGUGAAAUUAAAAAUUAAAAAUUGCAACAAUAAAAAGUCCGAGGAAUUAAAUUAUUGGAGAGAUUUAUCAUCUGGAACGCGUGGCUCGCCGAGUAGUGACUAACUCAUCGCGCGUUUGCUCGGCAUGCCGAGGAACGAGACGAAACUUUCUGCGGCGAAAUAAUCGGCGAAAAGUAGGCGAGAAGAAGAAUUUUAAACCAAACCUGUUUGUGACAGUUUUGCCCAUAUCUCCUUUUUAUGUAUGCUAUAAAAAAUCGAUAUGUGCAUAAAAAUAUUUUUUUUUCGUAAAUUAAGUGGAACGUAGCCGCACAGUUGGGCCGGAGAAAAUAACUAACAUAAAUAACGUCAUCGAAAGAGCGCAUGAAGUGGAAUCAGAAGCGGAAGGUGGAAAGCAAAAGUGAGCGAACGAACGAGCGACCAAGUGGGCUGCUGAGAAGGUUGUUGGCAAUACUCCGGUCCCGCGGAGUUCGGAACGGAAUCGUUCGCUUCGACGACCACAUUCAAGUGUGUGUGUGUGUGUGUGUAGUACCAAUAUUUUGCCUCUUGUUGCGGAUUUCAUGUGAAAACUAAGCCUGGUCCAGCUGCACCGGGUAAAGAAGUAAAAGUGUUUUCCGGCUCCAGUGGGGAAGUUGAUGAUUGAAGGUAACAAGUUGAAUUUAUCGAGGUCACAGACAAGCGAUAGCUAACGGCAGACGACUAGUGGGCAUUUACAAUAACAACAACUGUUCCAAAUGAGUGUGACACAACAGAAUUCAGCCGGCAAUACUAACUUUCAGACAACCUCGUGAUGCGUUGAUACCACGAAAAUGAACUGCACCGCGCUAAACAGCAAUCAAAUCGAAACGACUCCCAACAAUCACCCUCGGCUAGCGGUUAGUACGGCUGUCACAAGAAGUACCGUCGGGGUUCCAGUAUCAAGCGGAUCUGGAUCUGGAAUAUUCUUCCAUCAUACCAACAACCUGCUAGAUGUACCCAGACCAAAUAAUUCCGAAGAGGAGAACUCCCCAACGGAGCUCAACAGUUGCCGGCGAUUAGCAGAGAAACCUCCCUUGGUUAAACGUCUAACGAUGGGUAUUCUUCGAACGGCAGAGGACAGUCGACCGCUGGUUCACAAUUCUUCCACAUCAAAUUCUUCGGGUUCUUCACAAACCAUAUCCGAUGGGUACGUAAACGAAGGCAUAUGCACCGAGGCAGUAGAAGCGGCAGUCGUUUUCAACAAAUUCGGAGAUUCCUGUCAACGGGCACUGACGGCAAACCAAUCCAACGUGGAGGGUACGAUUCGUUACAAUCAUAGUGCCACGCUAGGCCCACAAACCGGAACUGCGCCGCCUAAUCCUCUGCGCAACGACAGUCUCAGCUUGAAAGAGCAGUACGAACUGAAAGGGGCUCCCUGGUUUCAGGCUGGCAUACCAAGGGAAAUUUCACUCGAGGUUCUCUGUAGGCAAAAUCCGGGGGCAUUCCUUGUUCGCCAGAGCACCACGAAACCAGGCUGUUUCGCUCUGUCUCUCAGAGUACCACCACCGGCACCAAAAGUAGCGCAUUAUCUAAUUUUAAGAACGAUACGAGGUUAUAAGAUUAAGGGCUUCACCAAGGAAUUCAGCUCGCUACGCGCACUGAUAACACACCAUUCUGUGAUGCCGGAGUUACUUCCUGUUCCUUUGGCACUACCCCGACCACCGCAAGCCGGUCAGCGACAGGAAGAUCCGGAAACGUACGGUUCUCUAAACGAAUUCCAGAAAAUUAUAGGGGAAUAGUAAAUAUAUGCGCCCCAUGUGUUUUCCAAACACUCCGCUGUCGUUAAAAUAAAAUUCUUCUCGAGAUAGUUGAUUUGAAGUUCGACUAGUCAUCUAACCAUUAGAAACAAAUGAAAUGUGUUAAUCAGUUGGAAUUGUUGUGAGCAUAUAUAGGCAAACAAAUUGAAUUUGGCUUUAAUCAAAACAGUGAGUUCAAAACAAUGAAUGAUGGAUCAAUAUAAUCCAAUGUUAAACUUAGCUCCUACGGCGAAAUAACAUCUACUUUCUUAAUACACAAUUAUACAAUUAGGAUUAAAUGUUGAACAAUUAUAGGUGAAUAAAAAAACAAUACUCAAUCUAAAA